AUAAUGUCAAAUGACCUUGCCAGUUGCCAGUUUGUAAACAAUACACUUGCUUGAUAUUAUUUUGAUAUUUUAGAGUUUUUCUUGGUUUCUUUUUAUUAAAGAAAGUGUUUUUGUAUUGGUAAAAGCGGUGAAAGUGUUAGUGCAAAAUGAAUAACAUGGGAUUUGAAGCUAUGUCUGUUUUGGAGGAAGAAUCUCAGAAUGAGUCCCUGGGCGGGGUGUACGGGUCAACAGGCGCGUCAGGUGCGGAGGGGACAGACAGGCGGGAAGGGGGCAAACGUGGCCGCAAACCUGGCAGGAAGGCACAGCUCGACAAGCAGGAUAUGAAGGCUAAACUGGAACGCAGCAGGCAGUCGGCGCGCGAGUGCCGCGCGCGCAAGAAGCUCCGUUAUCAGUACUUGGAGGAGUUGGUCGCGGACAGGGAGCGCUCGGUGCUGUCACUGAGGAAGGAGCUCGACAAAUAUUACAAAUGGAACCUCGAGCUGGACCAAGGCCGCAUGCCGGAAGGUAUAGAAGCCCUGCUUCAGGAGAUGGGUGUGGUUAAGCAAGAGGAGGCCAAACCUUUCUAAACUGUCAUCCAUUUGGAGGUAACUUGCAAUUUACGCAAUUUUCAACCUUAUUACUACCUACAUCUAGUAGAAAUUCCACCAAAAUAUAUAAAUAUAUAGGUAUACCUUCAUUGAAGAUUUCAAGAGUUUCGGCGUACCCCUGAUGUGUUUUGGGAAAAACAAAAAGUUGUUAAUUUUUUUUUUUCAACCAAAAAGUGUAAUUACCUGCGUAAUGCCCAGAAAUGUUUUAUUAGCAGAAAUAUUAGUGCAGCAAAAUAUUUUUAAUAUACAUAUCAUGGAUUUUUCUAAAAGAGGCGGGGUAAAAAAAUUAUGACAAUAAUUAGAAUCCGAUUUUGUAUCAAAAGUAAAGUUAAGUACAUAUAAAAGUGUAUAGGGUUUUAAUAUGUAUAUACACCAAAAUUAAUGCUAAGAAACUGAUGUAGUUGUUGGUUUUGUUUGGAUACUCUAACCUCAUUUGGCUCAAUAAAAUAGACGAGUACCUAUUACAAAAAACAAAUGGACAUUAUGCAGAUAACUCAGGUAAUGAAAUAAUUUAAUGUUAUUUGAAUUUAUAAAAUUCAAUUUGUUUUUAUAUUGUAAAACAAUAAAAAUGAAUAUUGUUUAGAAAUAGGAAGAAUUAUUUAUCCGUUUAUAAAAAACCAAAUAAAUCUGAUGCAAUAAUAGUCCAAAAAAACUAUAUUAAGACUUAGGUCAUUAUUAAAUUAACUAAAUUAAAAACUGUCAACUUCAGUCUUAUUAAUUAGACUUUGGACUAUUGUUGCAGGCUCCUAACAUACCCUCGAAAAAUUUUGGAGUAAAAAAAGUAUUAAGAAGUGCUCAUCUGCAUAGCUAAUAAAAGGUCCUAACAAAACAUUUGCUUAAAUUUUCAUGA